AUGGCAGACACUCUGGGGAUUAGCGAAGCUCAAAUUCUUGGAUUGUUUCUUGCCAGCGUUUUCUGGGGCAUGUUACUCAUCACCUUUGUCCAAGCAAUGCGGUGUAUGCUUUGGGAUCUCAAUGUUCCAGGUGGCAGACUCAAACGCGCAUCGACAAUCAAUUGGCCAAUGCUUGUUGUAGCCCUACUCUUGAUGGCGUUAUCGACUUUUGAUGUCUCACUAGGUCUGAUGCACAGUAUCGAGGCCUUCAUCUUCUACACCGGCCCCGGUGGCUCAGCUGCAAGGUUUACAGGUUUAACAGAUUGGGUGAAUAUUUUAAAGACGUGCAACGUCGUAUUUGGCAAAGUAAUCAGCGAUGGCGUCUUGGUAUACAGAUGCUGGGCUGUGUGCGACCGUAGAAUCAUUGUUGUUGUAUUUCCCAUACUCUUGUGGAUGGGAUAUCUCGGUACUGGAAUAUUCGUCAUUUAUCUGGAGGCGAGCGCAGGAAACCCCAAAGUGUUGCUCACUGGAGGAUUAUCAAGCCUCACUCCCAGUAUUACUGCUGGUUGGACGAUGUCAUUGGCUAACAAUAUCAUAACCACAGGAGUUAUUGUUUACCGUAUUUGGCGCGUAGACCAAACCAACGCCCUGUUUGGCAUUCAAACUCAAGGCUCAUCCUUGCAAGGAACUCGCGGGCUCUUUGGUCGACAGAAGCAUCAAAGGACAAAGUUGCAGAACGUCAUUCGAAUCAUUGUCGAAUCGGGAUUAAUGUAUACCACCAUUGCUUUCAUCACGUUCAUUACUUUCGUGGUUGGAAGCAACUCUUUCUAUCCUACUUCAGAUGCGGCAUGUGUAUUUAGCUUGAUCCCCCGCUCGACUGCUAAUUCAUUGAUCCAACAGGAGCUCCAAAUUCUGUCCAUUGCAUUCAAUCUUAUUAUCAUUCGCAUCAGUGCUCAUCCCAGUGGUUCAGAUGAUCAUAGUACAAGCGUCCAGUCUGCACCACAGACAUUCCCACUACGCAAAUUCAGUUCAGCACCGAAGAGCACAAAUGAAUCAACCCAAAUUGAAUCCGACCCAUAUAGGACAGGUAUGAACAAACCACAACAAGAGUCGUUUUUGGAGGUUGAAGAAGGGAACUGGGCGCAAAGCUUGACGGUGAAGCCACAAGCUCUAGAUAUGGAGAUUACGGAUGAAUAG